CUAAAGUGAAAGCAAGUCUCUUUUUGUUGGGUAGUUGUUGUCUGUGCUUCCCUAUUUUGAAUCCAUUCUCUCCGUUCCCUCCGCAUACUUCCCUUCACAUUGGUUUCUUAUAUAUUCAAACUCCUUUCUUCCUUCUUCCUCUCUUUCUCCUAUCUCUGUGUGUGUGUGUGUGUGUGUGUGUGUGUGUGCGUGUGUUAGUUUUCGCUGCCACGCCCAAUGGCGACUUCUGGAAUGGAGGUUAGCUCAAGAGGAUCAAAAACGACAGAGUUUCAUGUUUCAAGAAAAUGGAAAGGGAGAGAUCAGCAGACCAGUCCUGAGAGAACCAAAGUCUGGAUUGAACCUAACAAGAACAAAUCCGGUGGUAGCAGUAGCGAGAGAAAAGUCGCUGUUAUUUACUAUCUGUCUAGAAAUGGCCAGCUUGAGCAACCUCAUUUCAUGGACGUUCCUCUCUCUUCUCCGGAAGGUCUCUAUCUCAGAGAUGUAAUCAACCGCUUGAACGUCCUCCGAGGCAAAGGCAUGGCCAGCUUGUACUCCUGGUCCUCCAAACGGAGCUACAAAAAUGGCUUCGUUUGGCACGACUUAUCAGAGGACGAUUUUAUUUACCCAGCUCACGGUCAGGAAUACAUUCUCAAAGGAUCAGAGCUUCUCGAUCGUUCUUCAAUCAACUCCAACCCUGCCGAAACGGCUUCCUCGUCGUCGUUUCGAGCGCCGAAGUUAGCCGAAGAGUCAUCAGAUUUUCCAGCCAUUACUCGUAGGAGAAACCAAUCCUGGAGUUCUAUUGAUUUAAAUGAGUAUAAAGUUUAUAAGACUGAACCGAACUCCGAAUCGUUCCGGAGACUGGCUGCUGACGCGUCGACUCAGACGGAUGAUAAAAGAAGGCGUAGACGGCCAGUCAAAGUCGAAGUUGAGGACAAAAGUCAAGAAUCGUAUGAGAACCAAAGCACGGAGCUCGGCAGGGGAGAAAUUUCACCUCCGCCAUCGGACUCAAGCCCCGAAACCUUAGAAUCUUUGAUGAAAGCUGACGGGCGGCUGAUAUUGUGUUCCACUAACGGCAAUGACGACAACUUGAAUCGUACGGGGGAGAGUUAUCCAAGUGGAAGAAUGAAGGCAUCAACGGUUCUGAUGCAGUUGAUAUCCUGCGGAGCGAUCUCUUUUAAGGACUGUGGACCCAGCCAUGUGAAAGAUGAUGGGUUCUCGGUGAUUGGACAUUACAAGGGAAGGCUCCCACGUGGAACAGGAGAUAGGAAGGAGACGGGGACAGAGAAGGAAAUUUGUAAUUUUCCGAGGGUACGAUUGGAAGAUAAGGAGUACUUCAGUGGGAGCUUGAUCGAGACUAACAAGAAAGAGGACAUCCCUCCAGCCUUGAAAAGAUCUAAUUCUUAUAAUGCCGAUCGCAGAAGCUCGCAGUUGCAAUUGGCAGAGAAAGAGAUUGAGGGAGUACGUGCAAAAUGCAUACCGAGAAAGCCAAAGGGACUGCUAACGAAAAGAGAAAUUACCAUUGAAGGUAAUGGAGCAAGCUGUAGUGAUACUCAACAACUCAGCAUGGGAACAAAAGACUCCAAGUCUAAUAAUUAACCCAUGUUAAUUAACCAAGUUACGUGAAGUGUAAAUGAAAAAAAAAAAAAAAAGGAUUUCGAGAAACAUAGGCGAAAUAUAAGCUCGUAAGUUGCAAGAAACGGCACGGUGGGCUCGCACAAUGAGAAGGAAGAAAAGUAAAGAUUUGGAGAAAUCCUAUAAAGCUGUGUUUGUGAAGUUAUGGAUUUUGUCUAUUUUAGCUUGGAGUCAGCAUAGUUUGUGGUUCGGUGUUAGUGGGGGUUGAAUUUGAUAUGGUUUUGGUGUUAGUGGGGGUUGAAUUUGAUAUAGUUUUGGUGUUGUGAUGCCAACCCCUUAACCUUUUGACUGAAUGAAGACUUUUGAAUCACGGGAAAUGGAAUUUUGUCCUUGGUAUUACCAUCUACUCUAGUUCAUCGACAAGGAAAUUAGCUAUUUUGACUCAAUAGGUUAUAGAGAUUGAAGAGGUCGAGGCUCUCUCAAUCUCCGAGAUAUGUUGAAACUUUGAAAGCAAUUGAUGUAUGCUUACUGUAGGUGUAAUUUAGAUUCUGACUUUGGUAUUUAGCAAAAAUAUUUAAUGGAAUUUCUUCUGUGUA